AGGAGCUUCGCAAGACAAACAACUUUGAGAUCAAAACAAUCUCAGCAGCGACAACAAGAGAAGCAGCAGCGGUUUUUUAAACAACGAGACAUUUUGUGGGAUUUCUGCACAAAAACACCGAAUUCAGCCGAACCGGAGUCGAACACACACGAACUUUAGUCCAGCGGGGGAACAAAGAUGAUCGGGAAGAUACUCUCUCGGCUGCUGGGGGGCGCUGGCGAGGACCUGGAGGAGGCGGCCGACACGAUUGAGGAGCUGAUGGAGUUUGAGGAGGGAGGAUGGGUCGUAAUUAAUCUCCCAGCAGAGCACGCGCCGCUGCCGGCCUCUGAGGUGGAUCCUCUGGAGAACCUGCUCAUCGAGCACCCGAGCAUGUCCGUCUACCAGAUUAGACGCAGGAUGAGCGGUCAGGGGGAGGAAGAGGAGGAGCAAGGAUCUGAUGAGGAUGAAGAGGACACUGCCAGGCCCGUCGCGGUGAGGCAGCGCGUGUCCUGGCGUCUGGCGGCGUGGGGGAUCCCUCUGCCCUGCGACGUCCAGCUGCUGUCGGUGCAGAGAGCCAGGAGCCAGGCCGAGCGCAGGAAGCUGAGCCGCGGCGCCCUCCACAGGCAGAACCUCGCCAAGCUGCGGGUCUCUCCCGCGGAGAAGCGCUACGGCUUCUUCAAGCGGCCCUGCCAACGCCUCUACAACUACUGACGGGGAGGAAGGAAACCUGCCUGCGUGUGUGUCACAGUUUACUGAGCCUCUGGAACACGUGUUUUUAUUUGAAAGUCAUCGUUCAGGUUGUUUCAAGUGUGUUUGUAUGAGGCACUGACACAGAGCUGUGCGGGGAGAGUGUGGUGACAACACGGCCGCCGGAAAGUGUCACAUCAGAAAAUCAAUGUCACUUUAAGUCUCCUGACAGCAACUGUAACCACACACGCUCCUGUGCAUUAUCGACGAGGUCAUGUGACUUUUCUGGAUUGAUCGGGUCACGUGACGAUGAUGUUAUUGAUCCAAAUAAGAUGGUGAAUUAUGGCACAUUUUGAUUGUCAUAUUGUGUGUUUUUGUAUGACGUGCCUUUGCUUUAGACCAUAUCAGUGUCUUAUUAUUAUUAUUAUUACAUGUGAAUUAUUAUUUACUCUGAAUUGUUUGUACUAUACUUUUUUCUCUCUCCUCCAAUUUUAUGCAAACAUGUUUUAUUUUAGCCUCACGUGUGUAAAUACAGUUAAAAUAUGUUGUUUUUCUAUUUUUGUGUAUUUAUAAAAUGUAC